CUGUGAGCUGCCUGCCCAGGUGAGUACAUCACAAGCACCUACAACACCACGGUUUCCCACAUACACCGGAGAGCUCUACGUCCCCGUCUGUUACUGUAGUUGCCAAUCGAGGGCCAUUCCACAUCACAUACACAGCCAUGUCGUCACCAUUCUCAAUAAACGGUGGUGCCUGCGUGGCCAUGGUGGGCAAGGACUGCGUAGCCAUCGCAUGCGACCUGCGUCUCGGCAUGCAAGCCCUCACCGUGUCCAACAACUUCCCCAAGAUCUUCCAGUACGGCGACGUCUUCCUAGGUCUCACCGGUCUCGCCACCGACGUAUCCACCGUAUCAGACCUGUUCCGCUACAAGGUCAACAUGUACCGCCUCCGCGAAGAGCGCAACAUUAGCCCCCAGACCAUGGCGAACCUCGUCAGCUCAAGUCUGUACGAGAAGCGCUUCGGACCCUACUUCAUCAGCCCCGUAAUCGCCGGUAUCAACCAGACAAGCGGGAAGCCAUUCAUCUGCGGGUUCGACAGUAUUGGGUGCAUCGACUUUGCGAAGGACUUCAUUGUUAGCGGAACAGCCAGCGAUCAGCUGUUCGGUACAUGUGAGGGGCUGUGGGAGCCUGAUCUAGGCCCUGAGGACCUUUUCGAGACAAUCUCACAGGCGUUGCUUAACGCUGUCGAUCGAGACGCACUUUCAGGUUGGGGCGCACACGUAUACAUCAUUGAGAAGGACAAGGUCACAAAGCGGUUACUCAAGGGCAGGCAGGACUGAGAUGGUGUAUGCGUGAGGUGGCAUACAAUCAUGUUUAUGAGCUAUGAGGAAUGCUACAGAGCGCCGGAGGUCUGCCUCCAGGCUGUGACAGAAUAAUGGGAAUAACCAAACCAUCUUAUGAUACGUACGCGGAAGCACCCCAAAUACGCCAAUCUGAACAGCAGACGGCUAGACUUGGCUUCUGAAUCAAAGCAUCUCCAAGUCCACAGAUAAUUAUCCAUGGUGCAGCUCCUUCCUCGAGCUUGGAAGCCCGAAGGUAACAGUGCGCAACAUUGGACUACCAGUUGAACUGGAUCUACCUAAUGUAUGUGACACUGUUCC